UGGAACUGGACACAAGCGGGUCUCGAACAACAUGAGAGGCAAUUAAACCGGGAAAAACACUCAGAGCUGAAGUAGUUUCGGGGAAAAUCCAUAUUCGUUGAAAGUAUUAAUUAGUGGACAUUUGAACUUUUAAAAAAAUCAUGAUUCACCUGUCAGCAAAGGCAUUGCUGUUGCUGCAGUUGGUGCAGGUGCUGCCCGUCCAGGCAUCCAAUCCUGCUGACACUCUUUCCAUUGACAAUAUGGAGCCCCUCAGCACCAAGUCCAAACAUAUUGACAGUCCCGUGACUGACUACGAGUCCAGUUCCACCAAUGCCACAAGGAUUCUGAGGCGGGGCAAGCGUUAUCUCCAAUUCAGCAAGGGAUCACGUAUGUCGUGGCGUACCAACGGCAAGAACAAUCUGUGGAGAAUCAACACCCUGUACGCCUACGGCUAUGGCUUCCGCACCAACUAUCCCUUCCCGUCCAUCGAGGAGCAGAAGAAGGAUAAUGCGGUAUUCUUUCGCCUGUUUAAGAGGGACCUCUUCUCCAAGCUGGAAACCGCUCUGGAUGGACAUGGCUUCGAUGGGCGAGCUUGCAUGCUGAAAUCUUUCUGCACCGCCCUGAACGAUGUGGAUAGCCCGACACAGAAAAGCGGUAUGCUCUUCAAAAUGCUCAAAUUGAUAUUUAGUCGAGCCAAGCGAUAUCUGGAUAUUAUAGAAACCACUCGAAUGUUUGUGGGUAACUUUAGAGCCUUAAUUGAAAAUUAAUAAUUAUAUUCCACUUUCAAGUUCCGCGUUAAUGUCAAGAACAAUGUGAUCAAAUCGCCGACUGUGUGGGCCCAUGGUUAUGGUUUUCGAGCCAAUACCCCGGUGUUGGUCAAACGGGAGAACAGACCGUUUCGCAGGGAUACCUACGAGUUGCUCCACGAACUGAUUGAUCGAAGUGGCCUGGAUGGGCGGGCAUGUGUUCUGAAAGCCUAUUGCACCGCCCUGGCCGGCGAUCAUGGUCAGGGCUUUCUGUUUAAGCUAUUGAAAUACGUGUUUACCCUGGAUGAGCACGACAAGCGACAUAUGCCCCAUCUUCGGGAGGAGAACUGCGAACAAAUCAUGCAUAGUCAUUGUCCCUUGAGUUUCGACAGUAUAUCGCCAUAUACAGACGAUGUUUGACAUUGUGCAUAUUAUGUAACACUAUUUGUUGUUCUAAGCUAUGUAAAAUAAACAAAAUCAAGAUUGAAUUGCACAUGAAAACAUAAAUAUAAAUAUAAACGCAAGCCCGACAGUUCUGAUUGCCUAAAAUAAUAGUAGCGAUAGUAACAAAAGCACUUUAAAAUGAUUGAAGCUUUUCCUGGGGCUUCUUUGUAUAGCACAUUCGCACUUUAUAAAAUUGUCAAUUUGGCAUGUUUUAAUUACAAAUUAAAAACUUAAUUUCUGCAAAGGCGAUACUCUUGGAUUAACGCGGCAUAUAAGGUUAGUGUAAAAAGAAACACAAUUUUAUUUGUCAAAAACUUUGUAAAAUACUAACUUCAGCAUGUAAAUUUAGGGUAUUCGUUGAUUUAAUUAAAUUUCACAUCUAGUUUUUAGUACUUUAAAUUAUUAAUAUUAAAAAAAAAUAUGAUAAAAGCCCUCAAAUAAAAUCCAAGAGUUGGGUGUCAAAUUGUCCCAACCAUCUAGAUACUACCGAUUAUUUCGUGAAAAGCUCACAGUAAGUGUUCGUGGCUGCUGAUGAUAUUUAUUCGCUGUUGUUGCCAUUUGUAAUUUAUAAUUAACUUGUGUGCCAUUUGCAGGUUUUGGACAAGUGCUUCAUUUUUUUUUCGUGCGGCCCCUGAUUGUGCGUGUGGCAAUCAGCAACGUGCAUUUAAUUGGCAUUUUUAUUAAACAGCUGAAAGUGAGCAGCCGGUAAAAAAGCACCAAAAAGGAUACCAGCAAAGCGAAAUAAUAGCGAGGAUUCCGAGGCCAUUGUUGACCUCGUUGCAGGACAAAAGUGUUCCAGCUGUUUAAUGUCACCAGCACGAAAAUGCCGAG